GGUGUGAAUAUUUGUUUUGCAUGAAUCAUCUCGGAAAACCCCGCUGAAGAAGAACGAGGAGGCGGACAGCUGAGCAGCACAAGUAUUUCCGGAAACAUGGAGGCCGUCAUCGGGGAAGUUGUUGCCCCUGAGGAUCUUAUAAAAUUCGAAAAGAAGUACAACGCAGAGCUGGUGGAAGGUGGUGUCUCCAGUGUCACGCAGUUUGAGUACGCCUGGUGUUUGAUCCGGAGCAAGUACUCCGACGACAUCAAGAAGGGAAUCGUGUUGCUGAAUGAGCUGGUCCACACCGGGACGAAGGACGAGCAGAGGGAUUACCUGUUUUACUUGGCCGUCGGGUGCUACAAACUUAAGGAGUACCAGAAGGGCCUGAAGUACAUCCGAACCCUGUUGAAAAGUGAGCCAGGGAACACCCAGGCCCUGGAGCUGGAGAAGGUGAUCGACAGGGCGAUGAAGAAGGAUGGGCUGAUCGGCAUGGCCAUCGUCGGGGGGCUCGGCCUCGGCCUCGCCGGCUUGGCAGCGGGACUCAUCGGUCUGGCCGUGGCAAAGAAGGUCUAACUAGCACCCCCACCCCCCCCGAACAACAAUAUAGACGCCCAGACGGGGGCAUGAAGCCUAACCAGGAGCUCGACUCUAUCAAUGCUAUGCUGCCUCUUUAAAAAAAAAAAAAAAAACUGAAUGGAAAUGGUGUCAUUUAUUUAUUUAGGUGUGUUGUGAGAGGAAGGUGAAUUUCUGUUAAAGAACCACCAUGGUUUUCUUGCCUUUUGCCCAAAGUAAUAGUUCUCACCUUCACAUAACCUGCCAGCGUUUUCUAGGGGGCGCCCUGGAAAAUAACACGCUGUCUGCAACUCUUCCUGUAUUUAUUUUUAAUUACUUGUUAGUCGAAUGGUUCUUGUGGGCAUGGACCCGUGAUUUGUGACUAGCAGAGUAUUUGCUAGAAGGUUAGAGAUCGCUGGCAGCCAUGACUGUUCACGCAGAAGGCGGAUUUAGUAUGUUUGCGGUUUCCUGGAUUAAAUGUUACGAAUUCAGAUCAAAGCUUAUUUAAUCUCUGGAGUUUAAAGUAAGAAACUCCUUAUCUAACUGUUAUAUUGCCUAAGAUUCCUUGUGUGUGAAGAACGUGUAUUUUUUUAAUGCUGUGAGGUCUGUUCCAUACUGUCACUGGGAAGAAGGUUUUCCUCAAAGCUAAUGCGUUCUGUUAGUUUGGUAAGUUUUGUAGCAGUAAAAUGACUAAAGUGUUCCUGCCCGUUGCCCAUAGAGGGCAGUGUUGGCAUCCCCUGUAAAAAAUACAUCGUUCGAUUCUCUAACAGAUAGCAAGUGUGUGUUAUAUAACACUUGACAGCUUUAUUGAGAGAUUUAAUUUGUUAGUGAUUAGUGACGUGAACUUUGGCUUCAUAACCCGCGGUGGUUGAGAUUAUGGUGCAUCACUGAUUAGUUUAAGUCCCUUGUAAUUGAACGGUUCCCGCUGGGUUAAGGCCUGCAGUUAUCCCAGUGACUGACGGUUGCUUCACCGUCUGUGUUCAGCAUGCGCCAAAUAUAAAAAAAACUGUAAUGAUUAUUUAACUAAACAGUUCCUCAAACAAAGGGGAAAACUCAGUAGCCUAUUCUUUUCCCUAAAAGCUAUUCCAAAGAAACAUUUUGUUUCUUGGAAACGUAUCCCCCCUCCCUUUUUCAAGUGCAUCGUGUACCAUUUAUUGUUUCAAAGAGACUGUUUUAAGUUAUACGACGGCAGCUUGACCAUUGCGCACUGAUCCCAGGUCAGCGCUGAGGCUCUUUGUUAUAAACCGUGUUUUCUUAUCUGCGUUGCCAAGGAAUAUGCAUAAAUAUGUGCUAAAUACAUUGCUGCUUGCCGACGUUGGAAUUAAAAACAGUUCUAAUGAAACAUA